UCUCGCUACUGCGCCUUUAAACCCUCCCUGGCCUCGCCCCGCCCCGGGUCCGCCCCGUCCGAGGCGGGAGCCGCUGAAAACCCCCGGCCCAGCCCCUGCGACCCAUUCGCCCUGCAGCCCCGCCCGCGUGCGCGCUCUCCUGCCCGCCCGACGCUCCCCACAGCCACCGCCGCCCUUCAGAAUGGCCAACAGGGGGCCCGCCUACGGCCUGAGCCGGGAGGUGCAGCAGAAGAUCGAGAAGCAGUACGACGCAGACCUGGAGCAGAUCCUCAUCCAGUGGAUCACCACCCAGUGCCGCAAGGACGUGGGCCGGCCCCAGCCCGGGCGGGAGAACUUCCAGAACUGGCUCAAGGAUGGCACGGUGCUGUGUGAGCUCAUCAACGGGCUGUACCCCGAGGGGCAGGGCCCCGUGAAGAAGAUCCAGGCCUCCACCAUGGCCUUCAAGCAGAUGGAGCAGAUCUCCCAGUUCCUGCAAGCAGCCGAGCGCUACGGCAUCAACACCACCGACAUCUUCCAGACGGUGGACCUCUGGGAAGGAAAGAACAUGGCCUGCGUGCAGCGGACGCUGAUGAACCUGGGCGGGCUGGCGGUGGCCCGGGAGGACGGCCUUUUCUCCGGGGACCCCAACUGGUUCCCUAAGAAGUCCAAGGAGAACCCCCGGAACUUCUCAGACAACCAGCUGCAGGAGGGCAAGAACGUGAUUGGGUUACAGAUGGGCACCAACCGCGGGGCGUCGCAGGCGGGCAUGACCGGCUAUGGGAUGCCACGCCAGAUCCUCUGAUCCGCUCCCAGCCCUGCUCCUGCCCUCCCCGGAUGGUUAAUAUAUAGAGAGAUAUAUUUUAGCAGUGACAUUCCCAAGAACCCCUGCAGCCCUCCGGCUCCUCUCUGCCAGGGGGAGGGCCUGGCCUGGCCUCUCUCCUCUGGGGUGCCCAGUGGCGCCCAAUGGCGGCCUCCCCCUGUGCUUACUAAUACAUUCCCUCCUCCAAUCACACAGAAACUGGACCAACUGGCCUCUUCUCCCCUCCCUCCCCCGACCCCGGGACCAAAAUUUAGGGCAUCUUCCUCCUCCUCCAUACCUCUCCUCCCCUGACCUCUCGAUCAUUCCAUGGCUGGGGUCAGCGACGCUGCCUUUGGGCCUGCCUUCCACAAACAUGCCUCCCCCCGCUGUGGCUGCAGAGACUUAAUUUAUAGGGAGGGGUCCGUGGCAGCUGCCACCCUGCCACAGCUGGCCUGGGCUCACCACACACUGGAGGCAGCCUGCCCUGGCAGAGGCCCUCCUGGCUUCUCAUUUUCCAUUCCCCUCGCUGUGGCUAAGGGGCGGGGGAGGGGAGAGGGGAGGGAGGGCUGCCCCCUCUGGGUUGGGGCUGGAAGAAUCUGAGUGCUGAUUUUGAAUAAAGAAUCUCCCUUUUUAUG